UAGAACAACAACCAAACAGAAUGACACCGUCAGCUGUUUCAUUUCCAGGGGUUGAUGUUAAAUCCUCACUAGAGGGUUUAAGCCUUAAACCCUCUUCUCUUCUGCUUCGCACCCGCCCUCUCCCUGGUCUCUGCUACCAGUGUCAUCACCACCGCCACUUCCUCCUUCAAAAACACUAAAAGAUGUCCCUCUAUCUCCUCCUCCUCCUCCGCCGCUCCUCCGCCACUUUAACAAUCAACAAUCACCCUCUAAUCCGUGCUCUUCACCACCUCAGUCUUUCUCCCCUCGAUCAUACCCCAAACCGUAGCCCUCCAAUCUCGACCUCCCCACUCCUUCCACCGUCCCGCACAUUCGCCUUCUCCUCCGCCGAAGAAGCCGCAGCAGAUCGUAGGAAAAGAAGGCGUCGUCUCCGAAUCGACCCUCCAUUCCAAGCAAUGCAAAGCAACCCGCACCCUCCCCCUCCUGACCCCAACGCUCCUCGCCUCCCUGACUCCACAAACGCAUUAACUGGCCAUCGCCUUAAUCUCCACAAUCGGGUCCAAUCCUUAAUCCGCGCUUAUGAUCUCGACACUGCUUCCCUUGUCGCUCGCAAUUCUGUUUAUUCCCGAACUCGCCCCACUGUUUUUACUUGCAAUGCCAUCAUAGCUGCUAUGUAUCGCGCGAAAAGAUAUGAUGAUGCAGUUUCGCUAUUUAAAUUCUUUUUUGAAAAACAUAAUAUAGUGCCUAAUGUUGUUUCUUAUAAUAAUUUGAUCAAUGCGCAUUGUGAUGAGGGAAAAGUUGAUUUGGGGCUUGAGAUUUAUAGGCGUAUAAUUGAGACAGCUCUGUUUUCACCAUCGUCAGUGACCUAUAGGCAUUUGACUAAAGGGUUGAUUGAUGCUGGGAGGAUUGAGGAUGCCGUUGCUUUGUUGAGGGAGAUGUUGGCUAAAGGGCAUGGUGCAGAUUCGCUAGUUUAUAAUAAUGUUAUCAAAGGGUUUUUGGAGUUGGGGAACUUGGAGAAGGCUAAUGAGUUUUUCGAUGAGUUGAAAGAGAGGUGCUUGGUUUAUGAUGGAGUGAUUAAUGCCACGUUUAUGGAUUGGUGGUUUAAGCAAGGGAAGGAUAAGGAGGCUAUGGGAAGUUACAAGUCAUGGCAGGAUAAAAAUUUUAAGGUGGUGCCUGCUACUUGUAAUACCAUUUUGGAGGUUUUGGUUAGAUAUGGGAAGAAAGAGGCUGCUUGUGCUUUGUUUGAGCAUAUGCUGGAUAAUCAUACCCCACCGACUCAACAAGCCGUAAACUCUGAUACUUUUAAUAUAAUGGUGAAUGAGUGCUUCAAGGAAGCAGGGUUUGAGGAGGCAAUUCAUACAUUUAAAAAGGUGGGGACAAAGUCAGGGUCUAAGCCUUUUCAAAUGGAUGUUGCGGGGUACAACAAUAUUAUCGCAAGAUUUUGCGAGAAUGGGAUGAUGGAGCACGCGGAGGAGUUUUUUGCAGCAUUGUUGGCCAAGUGCUUGACCCCUGAUGUCAUGACUUUUAGGACUUUAAUUGAUGCAUAUUUAAAGAGGGAAGAGAUUGAUGAUGUUUUGAGAACGCUCAAUAAAAUGGCAGAUGCUGGUUUGAGAGUUGUGGCAAGCUUUGGGACUAGGGUAUUUGGUGAGUUGAUUAAGAAUGGCAAGGAAGUGGAGUCUGCAGAGAUUUUGACCAAAAUGGGAAACAAAGAUCCUAAACCAGACUCCUCAAUCUAUGAUGUUGUGGUUCGAGGGCUUUGUAGUGCCGGUGAAUUAGAUGCAAGCAAGGAUAUGCUGGACCAAAUGAUUAAAUAUGGUGUUGGUAUUCCACCUGCAUUGAAGGAAUUCUUAAUUGAGGUUUUUGGAAAUGCUGGACGGGCUAGUGAGAUUAAGAGUGUUUUGGAUGAAAGUAAGUGGAUUAACAUUUCAAGACCUGCUUAUGCAAGACAGCCUCGAAGUCAACAUGAAACUGCUCAAAUGGCAAGUGGGCAGCCAUUAGGGCCUUCGCCAAUGAUGGGAAGAUCAGUUUCAAGUGAACCUCAGAUUGCAAGACCACAGUCCUUCGGUAUCCAUCCAAUGUCAAGACAAACAGAAUUAGGAUCUCCUCAGAUGACAGGGCAGCUAUCACUAGUAUCUCAUAAUAAGCAACAGCCAUCAGAAUUCCUUAAUAUGGAUCAACAACAUCCACUGAGACCUUAUCAAGGGCAACAAUCUUCAUGGUCUUCUCAACAUGAACCUGCUCAAAUGGCAAGUGGGCAGCCAUUAGGGCCUUCUCCAAUGACACGAAGAUCAGUUUCAAGUGAACCUCAGAUUGCAAGAUCAGAGUCUUUUGGUGUCCAUCCAAUGUCAGGACAGACACAAUUAGGAUCUCCUCAGAUGAUAGGGCGGCAGUCACUAGGAUCUCAUAAUAGGCAACAGCCAUCAGAAUUCCAUAAUAUGGAUCAGAAACAUCCAUCAGGAUUCCAUAAUAUGGACCAGCAACAUCCAUUGAGACCUUAUCAAGGGCAACAAUCUUCAUGGUCUUCUCAACAUGAACCUGCUCAAAUGGAAAGUGGGCAGCCAUUAGGGCCUUCUCCAAUGACAGGAAGAUCAGUUUCAAGUGAACCUCAGAUUGCAAGAUCACAGUCCUUUGGUGUCCAUCCAAUGUCAGGACAGACACAAUUAGGAUCUCCUCAGAUGACAGGGCAGCCAUCACCAGGAUCUCAUAAUAGGCAACAGCCAUCAGAAUUCCAUAAUAUGGAUAAGAAACUUCUAUCAGGAUUACAUAAUAUGGAUCAGCAACAUCCGUUGAGACCUUAUCAAGAUACAACAGCAGGACAACAAUCUUCAUGGUCUUCUCAACAUGAACCUGCUCAAAUGGCAAGUGGGCAGCCAUUAGGGCCUUCUCCGAUUACAGGAAGAUCAGUUUCAAGUGAACCUCAGAUUGCCAGAUCACAGUCUUUUGGUGUCCAUCCAUUGUCAGGUCAGACACAAUUAGGAUCUCCUCAGAUGACAAGGCAGCCGUCAAUAGGAUCUCAUAAUAGGCAACAGCCAUCAGAAUUCCUUAAUAUGGAUCAGAAACAUCCAUUGGGAUUACAUAAUAUGGAUCCUCCGAUGACAGGAAGAUCAGUUUCAAGUGAAUCUCAGAUUGCCAGAUCACAGUCCUUUGGUGUCCAUCCAAUGUCAAGACAAGCACAUUUAGGAUCUCCUCAGAUGACAGGGCAGCCUUCACUAGGAUCUCAUAAUAGGGAACAGCCAUCAGAAUUCCAUAACAUGGACCAGAUACAUCCAUCGGGAUUACAUGAUAUGGAUUGGCAACCUCCAUUAAGACCUUAUCAAGGGCAACAAUCUACAUGGUCAUCCCAAGCAGCAGGCCGGCAGCCGUCACGGUCAUUCCAAGCAGCAGGACAGCAUCCGUUAUGGUCUUCUAAGACUGGACAGCAUCCGUCAUGGUCCUCUCACACAGGAGAGCAGCAGCCGUCAUGGUCCUCUCAAACAGGAGGUCAGCAGCAAUCACAUUCCUCCCAAAGUAGGGGACAGCAGGCAUCGUGGUCAUUUCAAGCAGCAGGCCAGCAUCCGUCACGGUCUUCUCAAGCAGCAGGCCAGCAUCCGUCAUGGUCUUCUCAGACAGGACAGCAUCCGUCAUGGUCCUCUCACACAGGAGAGCAGCAGGCAUCAUGGUCCUCUCAAAGUAGGGUACAGCAGGCAUCAUGGUCCAGUAAUAUGGAACAGCAGCCAUCAGGAACCUCGCAUGUGAUUGAACGCCAUCCAAAUGAAUCUCCAGAGAUGUCAGGACAGGUACCAUUUGAAUCCUCAAAGAAUGGAGGUCAAUAUUCUUAUGGAUCACCUGCGGUGGUCAGACACCAUCCUGUAGGAUCCUCUCAGAUCGUUGGACAACACGAAUGGCAAGACAACCAGCAGCUGCCAAAUGGACUUCCAGACAUGGCUGAAGAGUAUUCGUCAGCAGCCCUUGAAUGGCAACACAGCCACCGGCAGGCAGCAGCAUGACUCUCGGGCAUAAAGUGACUUGAUAAAAUGCCUGGUUCUCUCAGGUUUUGAUUUUGAGUUGGGCCAGUAAUGCGUUAUAUACAGAGUGUCUCUGGUUUGUAGUUUCACUUGCAAGCAUAACUGGUAGACGGGCCACUGUUAGUCUAGGAAAUGGUUAAUGCAUCAGUAUUGUACGAUGAACAAUUCUUCAUAUUUAUUUUCAUAUUUAUUAAAGAUGUCCCAUUGAUUUGUAAAUGUUAGCGCAUUGUCUUUCCAUGUAAAUCUACUGGACUAAUGUAAAUUUGCAGGUCAUUUGUGUGGCCACCGAUGAUACCAAAGAAUUUUGAACCCAUUUCAUUAAUUCAUGGAAUCGUGCAUUUUUCUAA